ACACGAUUCGCUGAUAGUUUUUGAACCUUAAUUGCUUGAACUUCCAUUCUUUCGUCUUGUCUUGCAUACCUCCAGAGACACUCUCACUUCACAACAGGUUUCAACAACCCGUGCCCCCUCGUCAAAUGCCACCAACAUGGCCUACCCUCCCCGGAAAGUCUUGAACUCCAGGCUCACCUUCCUCGCCCUUGGGCUCCUCUUACUAGGGAUCUUCCCGCAACCCAUCGAAGCCGUCCACCGGUACAACGAAUCACAAUGCUGUCUCGAUGCAGUAGCUUCCGAGGUGUUCACGCUCAACGUCACAAGAAACCCGAAGACGGGGGAGAUCCUUUCCAGCGAGGCCCCCAUCUGCGGCCAGAUGUACAACGACACCCUCAAGCCUGCCCCCGAGAUCAGAGUGUCCUACGCCUACUGCAAGAGCAACUGCGGCGGCUUUGGACUCUCCAAAGGCGACGAGCCAGGUCAAUGGGCCGCUCCCAUUGUUCAGUUCCUUCUUCCGUCCGUCAUCUUUAGCAUGAAUGUGCCGAGGCGGCAUAUUCUUCUUUCGACUACUCGGUUCAAUGACUGGGUAUGGAGGAUACUUUCCCGGCCUGGGGAUAGGAAACCGCGCAAGGUAGUUGCGCUUCUGAUGGGGAUCGUACUUCUGGCGUUGGACACGCUUAUUGGAGCGCUCGAUGCGCUGCUUUGGAUUGUCGUGGUGAUGGGGAUGGCCGGACCGAUGAUGGUUGGGGGACUUCAUGAGGCAGUUCUGGAUUACAAGAUUGUGAGAGCGUUGAAGGAAGGGGCGCAUAAGGAGGAAGGGACGGAAAAGCAGCCCCCGACGUUGAAGAGCCUGAGGGAUACGGUUGAGGUGCUGGUGACGGCUAUCUCAGGGAACUUGGUCAUGGGUGAUAAUGGGGGGAACCCGGAGGUUGAGAUCAAGAAGGCUUUGCUGGCGGAGUUUCCUGAGCCAGACUGCGAAGUCCUAAACGAUCAACGCCCACUGUCUUCUCAGGACACAAUAGGACCCGUACCGCAGCUCCCGCCAAUAGCUCGCCUGUGUCAGGCGGAGCCCUCGGAACAAGAUGGUUCUCAAGAGCCCGAAGGGCCCCCCAUCAUUGUGGCACCACCCGAGAUCAAAUUGCAGCCAGUCGACAUAGAAGCAAGCAAAAAGCUCCGCGAACGACUGACGCGGCUGAUAUCCUCCCAACUAGACUUCGCCGCCACAAUCGGUGCCCCCGUAGUCUUCUACCUCGGUGCGUUCAUCUACACCAUCCUCGACAUUAGGAACAAGCCUUCGGAUCAGGACGCGGCCAUAUCACUUGCUUUUGGGGUAGAGUGGAUGAUAAUAGUCCAUGUCGCCAUCAUCGGUGGCUGUCUGCUAGCGAGCAACAACCCCAGUCCAGUAGUCCUGCUCGUCGGCAAGGAAGCUCCUGAAGACAGAGGAUCUACAAAGGACGCUCAGUGGAUAUACUUCACACGCAAGAACGCCUUUGAUGGCCUGUUCCAGCCGGUCAACAUGUGGAAGAGAGGGAUCAACAAGUCCAAUUGGUUGAGACAGUCGGAGGUGUACCGAAAGAACAAAAAGUUCAGAGACAGAGUCAAGAUCCAACUGCUGGAGUACUUUGGUUGGAUCAUCCUUCAGACUUUCAUCUUGAUUUCUCUCCCGCCGGCUGCAGGAGCAUUCGUGGCCUGGCGGACACCGCCGAUCGGAUGGAGUUGUCGGUCUCUGAGCUUCGUGACAUAUUCGGCUUCGCAGCUUUUGUUGACUCUUGUUUACUCUGCUUACUUGAACAUGUGGGAACGGGAUCAAGCGAGACAUAAGAAGCACCAAGGCGAAGAUGCAGAAUCUGGUCAACGAAGGUCAAGGAACACAUAUCAAGUGGUGCACGAGAGAGCGGGCAGGGAUGCGAGUGCCAACGGUUAUGACAGGCCCUUGGAGGACCUUCAACAGGUGCACACGGCAUCUUCUCCCCCUCGGCUUCCUAGCCUGGACAUGGACAUGGACGACGAAGAGGACACCGAUCGUGGCCGUUACGAGCUCAAAGAAAUCCGCACAACUACGAAGCUACUCCCCUCAACCCCUUCCCCAGGGCCUUCUUCCAGGCACAUCGAAUAUCCCAGUCCCGAUCCCGGUCGCGAACCCAACUCCAGCCAAAAUGCCAACCUUAAUCCCACCUCUUCUCCCCCUGCGACCCCUCGAGCCUCCAUGACCCUUUUACAAUCCAAUUUCCAAGGACAGACAUGUGCAGUUCAUACCAAGCCUAAAAAGUCCCUCCUCACUUUCUCCAUCCACAUCCUCUUCACCACCCUCUUCCUUCUCUCCCUUUUUUUGUCAAUCGGCACCACCCUCAUGCAAAUCAUGGGCGUGUACCGCAACUGCUUCUGCUACAUCACCGUGCGAUACUGGUUCGACACUUCGAACCCAGACGCCAAGGUUAAUGUCGCCAGCGACACCUGGUUCCAGCGGAACUCGAGCUACAACUGGAUGGUCAUGGGUGGGGUGGCGACGGCGUUCAUGGCUGCGUGCGCGUAUGCGGGAUGGUGGUUUCAGGGAAUGAUAAGGAGGGGGCUAGCAGGGGUGGUUGCGGGGGAGGUUUGGCCUGGGUAUGGGAAUGAGAAGGGGAAUGGGAAUUGAGAAUGGCUCCAAGGUUGGCGAUGAAGACGGGGAUGUGGGACGGAAGUCAAGAGACGGAGAGAGGCUUGCUCAAGGGAUGAGGGUCCAAGAGAGGGAGUGGGAGCAUGUCAUGGAGGAUUCAGCGGUAGAAGUGGAAGGAAGUAAUGUGUAAUGACGGGAUGUCGUAAUCGGAGUGAUGGCGUUCAAAUGGGAGUUAGGUUUUUUGGCGUUUUGUUUGUCAGUCUGGUGUUUCUUCAGAUGGAUGGUACUAGAUGGUUUCACUGGGUGAAUAAAAC